CUUUUCAUCACCCACGUAUCGAUCCGCAGUCCGAGCAGAACGCUUUUUGGCGACUUCGGCUACUCUCGACUUGGGUCCAUUUUCCAUACCCUCACUCGAUAACCCCGAGCUCGAGCCGUCGACAAUGCUUGAAGGGAAAGCGGUGAUCGGCGAGACGGACAUGCUCGAGGGCAUGCAGCGAUACGCGCUCGAUGUAGCUUCCAAGGCUCUCGACCACUACGACGUCACGGAAGCCACCGACAUCGCCCGUCUCAUCAAGCAGGAGUUUGACAGGACGUACGGGCCGGGAUGGCAGUGCAUAGUGGGGACGGACUUCGGGUCGUUCGUGACGCACCGGUUCGGGUGUUUCAUCUACUUCUGCAUCGGGAGCCUGGCGAUCUUGUUGUUCAGGGGUUCUGCAGGAGCAGAGCCGCCCGAUGCGAACCAGUUCAUGACCAGCUUAGAAAGCAUCAAAGCUUAGCUUUGGACAUUUUCGGUUUUUUUUUUUUUUUUUUUGCGGGUGUGUAUCCUGACGUUUCUCGUGACGGCCCAUGGGUUGCACAAAAAUAAAUUCCUUUUUGGUUUCCGUAUAUUCAUCGAAUUCGUAUUAAUUCCGGAUUCUUGUCCCUGCGGUAUGCGCAUUUCCCUUGA